GCUUUAUAAUUAAAACGUUAGAUUAACGAAGCUUUCGAUGGGUGCUGCAGGAUUUGCUUUUGUGUGGACGUAAGUUAAACAUGUGCAAUAUCACCAAAACGUCACUCAAUUUAAUAAUUUAUAAGCGAAACUUGCAUAGUUGGUUUUAAAACUUUAUUUUACAAGUUAGAUGUAACUGUGUUUGUGUGUAACUUUAAGUGUGUGUGUUAGGUUUUCAUAUUGGCGUUAUCUAGAUGAGUGGUUAAAAGACAUAAUAAAUGUGCUAGCUUAUUUUAAUAGUGAGAGUGUCGUUCUGAAGAAAUGCUGGUCCAAGUCGAGUGUAAAGGGAACCCGAAAUGGAUCCGAAUACCAGAGAAAAAUGACUGUUUUGACUUCUGUGGAUUCAUUAAAGAAGCUUCAGCAAAGUUCAACUUGCCGCAUGGAGCCAAUGUGGUUCUUAAAGACUCUGCAGGAGUUGAUGUUGAUGCUGAUAUUUUUGAUGAGCUUGUGAGAACAUCUAAGGUGUCCUUCAAAAUUUUGGAUGGUGAUAACAAUAAAUCGGAUAAUGUUCCACAAGCUGAGAUCGAUCUCUCUGAGCCCUCAUGCCCUGGGUCAUCGUUUUCAUCAAUAGAAUCAGAAAGUUCGGAGUCCACAGUGAUUCCACAAUCUUCAAAGGCAUCCAAAAAGCGAUUCUUAGAAGAACCUUCUGACUGCAAUGCGUCAAAAGAUCUAGUUCAUGCAGCGCUACACUCAAAACCAGGAGGCUCUGAUAUAUUGAAGGAGUAUGAACAAACAAGUAGCCUGUCUGACAAGACACGAAAGAAGCUGGUAAACAUCCUUGUGGCUGAUAUGGUAGAGAAGUAUGGGAGGAUUCCACCAGUCAGUAUCCGUUUAAGCUACGCUCUUGGGAUCAUAACCUUGUUCCCCAAUUUGAAGGAUAAGUGCUCACCGACUGGUUAUGAACAUUACUAUGAUCCACGCAGUGGCCAGGGUUACAUUGCCUACAGAUUGAAAACUGUUCAGCGCAACUCUGUAAAUAAUUUGAAGGGGGCAUCCAAGGUGGUUUACCAAGAUGGUCCAAAGACUUUGCGCAAGACAUCUUCAGCAACUGAGCAGCUGUCAGGUGACGAAUGCACAGAAGCUAUAUCCAUGAUGAAGCAUUCAACGGACACACCAGUUAUUAAGGAUAAAAUGAGGACAACAUUCAAGUACAGGCAGAAUUUGAUACAUGAUCCAGACAAAUCUUCACUCAUCCUUGAUUACUUUCCCCGAUUUUUGGAUACACCAGGCUUGAUUGACCAAGACUUUACUAUGCUUUUUGGAGAUGACAUCUCAAGCAAAUUUAUUGCAAAAUGGCCAACAUUCUACAAGCAAAGAGUAAUUGCUGACUGCAAAAACCUGCACCCUGGUGCACAUGUGGAUGACCUUCUGUCUGCUCUGGAGGAGUGUGAUUGUGGAUGGGACAGUGAUGUGGCAGCUAUUCUUCUGCUCAUUCAUCUCUUGCCUCCGACUGUAAAAGGAAGGAAGACUGGGAAAAUCAGUGCAACUGAAGCAGCUGAUCAUAUUGUAAAGUUCAUUAAGGUGGGGACGAGCGUCAAGACAUUUCUUGAACAAAUUGGAUCUACACAGCCCUUCCUCCUCUGUGUUGGAGAAAAGAGGAGUAUCAUUCAGAAGUUUUACAUCAUCCUGGACCAGAAGGCCAUUCCCUGCAUGACUCAGACAGCUGUUGCAGCCUUUGAUGAACUCUUUAAGGCGCACUUUGUCUUUGCCGUGUCAUAUGAUGAGGCCUUGUGCAACUUCUACACGUUCAUUCAAACAACAGUGUAUGGCAUUGAUGUGGGCACUGCCAAGGAAAGUCCAAGGGUCAAGGAAAUCCGAGUGAGAAUUGAAAACACUGAGGUGUGA